AAAUGCAUCCCAUCCCAUGCGUAGUGCGGCAGGCUUGUGAGACAGAGCAGACUAACCCACACAAUGAAAGGUGGCUCCAUCAGAGAGGCAGAGCAGGAGGAGAAGCUGCCUCUUCUUCCUCUUCUCCGUGGCCAACCUUCGCAGGACCAUGGUAUCAGAGGCAAUCCUGCAUCUAAAAGAUAUACUGGAAAAUGGAGAGCAUGCUACUCAAUUCUAGGCGGUGAAUUUUGCGGUGCGAUGGCGUACUACGGAGUUGGGACAAACCUGGUGAGUUAUCUGACCAAGGUGCAGAAGCAAAGCAACGUCACCGCAGCGAGCAAUAUCGCUUCGUGGCAGGGCACCUGCUACCUCACUCCCCUUCUUGGAGCAUUCUUGGCAGAUUCGUAUUGGGGAAGACAUCGAACAAUCGUUAUUUCUCUGACAAUCUUUACCAUCGGAAUGGUUCUACUGACACUUUCAGCAGUGGUUCCAGCAAGCAUCCACACAACGGUGAACUCUCCUCAGGACGCCUUGCCUUCUCUGGGCCUCUUCCUGACAGCUCUGGGAUUAGGUGGCAUCUGGCCAUGUGUUCCCACAUUUGGCGCCGAUCAAUUCGACGACACCGAUGGAACAGAGAAGGCGCAGAAGGAGCUCUACUACAACUGGUACUACUUCGCCGUCAAUGGUGGUUUCUUCUUUGCGAGCACGCUCCUCGUGUGGGUUCAGGACAAAUGUGGAUGGGCAUGGGGCUUCGGGAUCCCUACGCUGUUUUCAGCCAUAGGCAUUGCCGGGUUUCUUGCCAGUAUGAAUCUGUACAGGUAUCAGAAACCGGGAGGAAGCGCGCUCACUAGGAUUUGCCAAGUUGUGGUUGCAGCCAUUCGCAAGUUCCAUGUGGAUGUGCCGAAUCACAGCUCUCUUCUGUAUGAAAUGCCAGGCAAGCAGUCUGCAAUUCUAGGGAGCAAGAAGCUGAUGCACACUGAUGGACUAAGGUUCUUCGAUCGAGCUGCCACCAUCACUGCCUCUGAUGAAACAUCUGGCGAUGUACCUAGUCUAUGGAAGCUUUGCACAGUGACACAAGUGGAGGAGCUGAAGAUCUUGGCAAGAAUGAUGCCUGUCCUACUAGCUGCUGUAAUCUUCAACACGGCUGAAGCUCUGUUCCCAUUGUUCAUCGAACAAGGACAAGUCAUGGACAACCACAUUGACGGUUUCUCGAUACCUCCCGCCUCUCUGACGACCUUCAACUGCGUCUGCAUCCUCAUCUUGGCGCCAGCAUACAACAAGGUUCUUAUGCCGACGGUGAGUAGGAUCACUGGGAUGAAGCGAGGAUUGUCAGAGCUGCAUCGCAUCGGUGUCGGUACGGUUUUCGCAAUGCUGUCGCUGGUUUCAGCUGCAAUUGUUGAGAUGGUGCGUCUGGGCAUUGCCAGGAACAGAGGUCUAGUGCACCGUAACGCUGUGGUUCCGAUGAAUAUCCUGUGGCAGGCACCACAGUACAUCUUUGUAGGUGUGGCGAAGGUGUUCAGCGUGGUCGGUUUCAUCGAAUUUGCAUACGAGCAGUCCCCGGAUGCCAUGAGAAGCUUGUGCCAGGCUUGCUCCCUCAUCAUGGUCACGCUUGGAAGCUAUCUUGUCUCCAUCAUGUUAAAAUUCAUGGAUUCGGUGACAGUGGGAAGGGGGAGCCAUGGCUGGAUCCCUGAAAACCUCAACGAAGGGCGUCUCGAUCUGUUCUUCUGGUUGAUGGCAGGAUUGCAGUUGCUGAAUCUGAUUGCGUUUGUGUAUUGUGCCAUGAGGUACAAGCGCAAACUAGCUACUUGAGUUGUUCUGCUAGUUUGAGGUUUCUUUUUUGGAGAACGAAGAUAGUUUGACGC